ACAGUCAGAACCGUAUGAAACAGUCCGCGCCAUUCCGAUCUGUCGUCCAAUCCGUCCGUGUAGACGUGACAAGCGCGUGGUGGUUUGACAUUUCGAUUCGGCGCAUUGGUGUUUACAAACGUUUGUACAGUUUUAUGCGGGUGCCUCGUGUGGAUGACAAUUAUUUCAAAAUGGCAGUUUGGAGCGUGGAAGCAGUGACAGGUUUUAUAAGGAUAUAUCGGGAACAUCCAUGUUUAUGGCAAGUUAAAAAUAAGUCGGCUUAUACAAACCGUAAUUUAAAACAAAAAGCAUACGGCGAACUCAUAGAUUAUUGCAAAAAUGUUGGUUUUACAACGGCGAACAGGGAUUUUGUCACGAAAAAAAUACAAAACCUAAGGGGAGCAUUCCGCAAGGAGUUAAAAAAAGUGUCUGAAACCAGAAAUAAAAGCGGAAGUGCACAGGAUGAUAUAUAUAAACCAAGUCUUUGGUAUUAUGAUCAAAUGUUAUUUACCAAAGACCAAGAAUUGCCGACUCCAAGUAUUUCCAAUAUAGAUAUAGAAAAUGAAAAUUCCCAAUAUACAAACGUCGCUUCACAGUUAUUUUCUCGAACUAACUCAGUAUCACCUCCACGAGAUGUCUCACCAUCACCACUACAGGAUACUACUAAUAUAGCAUCGCUACCAAUUAAUGCCGAAAAUACAAAUACUAAGGAAUCAACCCCUACUCCACGGGGAACGAAGAGGAAGUCAAAUAUAAUUGACACUCAAAUUAAGUUCAUUAAUGUAUGCACAGAAGCACUUCAAAAAAAUAGCAGACAGAUGACAGAAUAUGAAGCUCUAGGAGUGACAAUUUCAAAAAAAUUUGAAAAAAUGGACAAAGUCCAAGCUCUAUAUGCAGAAUCAAUUAUACAUACAGUUAUGCGCAAAGGCAUUUUAAAACAACUAACAGAAACGUCUGAUAUAUGUGAUAAACAAUGCAAUAAAGUUGUAUUUCAUACUAACAUUUCUGGGCCAUCGUCAUCGUCUACCCCACUUCAAGAAAACUCUGAUAUAAUUUUAUCUGAACCUCAACAUACUCAUAACACAGAAAAUACAGAAUCUAUUCUCAAAGAAUACUACCAUAACUAUGAUGACGCUAACUUUUGAAUUCAUUUAAAUUUUUCUAUGUUAAUUUUGUCUCGUAUUCGUAAUUAAAAAGGUAAAUUAAUUAAAA